CCCCCAGCCAGCAGAAGAGACCGGUUGCCAGAUCCCAAGGAGACCCUCCCAAGCCUUAACCUUUUUUCUCUCGUCAAAGAAUGGAUUGGCAAGGACCUGCAUAAGCUGGCGCUUCCAACGCAUGUCAGCGAGCCUCUGACUGACCUUCAGCGCAGAAUAGAGGCCUUUGAGUCUUCAGAGCUCCUGGAUCAGGCAAGCCUCAAGCCCCUUCAACAGACGAUUCUUUUCGCUGCGUUACUACAAGUCUCAGCCUUUGUCAUAUCAACAUACAACACCGUCAAACGCAACGACAAGCCCUUCAAAAACCUGCAGAACUCAACCUUUGAGUUGAUGUACCCCGAGAAAGGCAUCCGGGCCAUAGGAGAAAAGGUUCGGCAUAUCCCUAUAACAGUGGCAAUGCAUGUCGAGGGGCGUGGAUGGGUGUAUGAAGCGAAUGAUUGGUUCUACAUGGCUCUGCGGCCCCCGAACUACGCCCUCUUCCGCCCAGUCGGAGAAUUCUCUGUCAAGUUUCAUGACGGGGACGAAUAUGUGUGGAACUCCGUGAAUGCGUGCGUGCAUAAUCUGGUAAUGGGAAAACGCUAUUGUGACCACGGCGGUCAAUUCUAUAGGCAGGGGAACAAGCAGUUAAGCCUAGAGGAAUUACGCGUGCAGGAAUCUGCCUGUGGCACAUGCAACCUCGAGAAUUUUGAAAAACAAUCCACGAAAGGUACAAGUUUAAAAUGGACUUUAAAGUUUUUAACAUUAGAAGCUGUGUGCUGGCGCAGGUUUCUAUUCCCCGAGUGGGCGCUGCAUCUGAAUGAGCUGACGCCUGAGCUGAUGACUAAGCUGCCCCCCACCGACGACCGGCUGAGACCAGACAUGCGACUCAUGGAGCACGGACUACCUCGCGGUCAAGAGAAGGAGCGUCUUGAAGCGAAGCAGCGGCAGGAGCGAAAUGCUGCAGAGGCAGCCGGAAAACCCUGGCAACCCCGCUGGUUCGAAAAGGUGCCGGGGGGGCUCCGGGGGUUUGAGAAGUACAGGUACAAGGGGGGUUACUGGGAGGCGAGGGAGAACGGAAACUGGGAGGGGGUCCGUGACAUCUACGGUCCAGGCCCAAAUGAU